UCUUCUCCAGCUGCUAGGUCUCCGGUCCUUGGCGCAUGGGUAUCCUCCGAGGCGGGCCCCCAUGCCCUCGGGCCAUGGCGCGCCUGGGCGCUGUGCGCUCCCAUUACUGCGCGCUGCUGCUGGCCGCGGCGCUUGCCGUCUGUGCCUUCUACUACCUAGGUUCGGGCCGGGAGACCUUCUCCAGCGCCACCAAGAGGCUGAAGGAGGCCCGCGCCGGAGUCCCCGCCGCGCCCUCGCCGCCACUGCCGGAACUGGCGCGCGGUUCCGUGGCGCCGGCCCUGGGUGCCAAAGCCAAGAGCCUGGAGGGCGGCGGGGCCGGGCCGGUGGACUACCACCUGCUGAUGAUGUUCACCAAGGCAGAACACAAUGCCGCGCUGCAGGCCAAGGCCCGCGUCGCGCUCCGCUCCCUGCUGCGCCUUGCCAAGUUCGAGGCUCAUGAGGUGCUUAACCUGCACUUCGUGAGCGAGGAGGCCAGCCGCGAGGUGGCCAAGGCCUUGCUGCGGGAGCUGCUGCCGCCCGCCGCCGGCUUCAAGUGCAAGGUCGUCUUCCAUGAUGUCAGUGUGCUGACGGACAAGCUCUUUCCUGUCGUGGAGGCCAUGCAGAAGCACUUCAGUGCAGGCUCCGGGACCUACUACAGCGACUCCAUCUUCUUCCUCUCGGUUGCCAUGCAUCAGAUCAUGCCCAAAGAGAUCUUGCGGAUAAUUCAGCUGGACCUAGACCUAAAGUACAAGACCAACAUCCGGGAAUUGUUUGAGGAGUUUGACAAUUUCCUGCCAGGCGCCGUCAUUGGCAUCGCCAGAGAGAUGCAGCCCGUGUACAGGCACACCUUCUGGCAGUUCCGCCACGAGAACCCCAAGACCCGAGUCGGGGGCCCGCCGCCGGAGGGGCUGCCUGGCUUCAACAGCGGGGUGAUGCUGCUGAACCUGGAGGCCAUGCGCCAGUCGCUGCUCUACAGCUGCCUGCUGGAGCCGGCACAGGUGCAGCAGCUGGCCGACAAGUACCACUUCCGAGGCCACCUCGGGGACCAGGACUUCUUCACCAUGAUCGGCAUGGAGCACCCCGAGCUCUUCCACGUGCUGGACUGCACCUGGAACCGGCAGCUGUGCACCUGGUGGAGGGACCACGGCUACAGCGACGUCUUCGAGGCCUACUUCCGGUGCGAGGGCCACGUCAGGAUCUACCACGGGAACUGCAACACCCCUAUCCCGGAGGUCUAGGCACACUCUGCCUGCCGUGCCCUUGGGCGCCUGGAACUGGGGGAAGGGGCGCCUCUGGAACAGGCCCCCGGGUGGUGUCUGAACCCAUUGAGGGACACUGCAGGGGCGUCCCUUGCGAUCAGGUGCUGCUGCUCCACCCCGUAGGUCACUGUCCUAAGGCCACCCAGUGCGACUGGACUGCACGCUCCUGGUGCUUGGGGACAUUCCCGCCAGGGGCCAGCAUCAUGACAGGCAGGCACGGAGACAUCUUCCAGGGGCGAGGAAGCCGGUUUGAAGAGAAGGACGGAAAGAAAACCAUGCCCUUUGCCUUCAGCCCCCAGAGAAUGGAAAUCCGUUUAAGAACUGUCCUUUCUUGGACAAAAUGUAAAUUUAUUUUACAUGGAUAGGUUUCCAUUCUGAGAGAAAGAACGAACAGAACCUCUGCAGCGCACAGUGAGCUGACCCAGUGAGCCAGGGCGUUACCGGCUGGCCCAGACUCGGGCAUCCCCACGGAGGCCGCGUUCCGCGCGCGCUCACCCCCGCGGCGCCCGUCGCCAGCCGUAGGUGUGACAAUGGCCACCCCUUUCAGGAGGGCCUUCCGCCCCAGAACGGCCCACGUCACGCACUGGGCUCGUUCUGUAGCUCUGAGCUCCCAGCUGCUCACAGAACCUCAUUAUCCCUUCUUCAGCUGAACCCACUCCAGAUGCCUCAGAAAUCAAAUCUGUCAUCAAAGAACAGAGGCCGGCCACCCCGAGGACAUGCGGUGGAAUUGUCUGGACUGGGAAGACUCGUUCCAAAGAGGAGCCCAGCGGGGCCGGAGUACCGUGUGGCUCCCACGGGCUGUUGCUCUCAGCCUAUAAACACCCCAGUCUCUGCUUGGAAAAACCCCUCCUGACUCACUGCACCAGGCCAGACUGCACCUUAGGAGGAUGUAGAUAUUUUUAAAUUUCUCCUUUGAAUGGGUUCUCGUAUGAGUAAGCUGCAAACAGGAAGCCCUUGUGGUCCAUUUUGUAGAGUUAAGCUGAAGUCCUUGGGGAAGAAAUGCUGUUGGAUUUUCAUCUUAUUUUAUUUUAGUUUCAUUUACUUUUUUAUU